AUGGCCCGCGAUGCAGGUUGGAAAGAAAUGAAGCAAUACGCCGUUUACAAAACAGCAUCGGCGCCGGUGAGCCGGAUCAUUGGUGCGAUAGCGCUUGCCAUCGCAUUGGCCGCUUUUGUUGCAAAACGGUUCGGUCUGGUCGAUGCGGAUGUAUUCGUUCUUUCCCUGACUUGCGCUGCAAUUUUGGCCAUUGUCGCGAUCGUGGCUGCCUUGGCGGCAUUCCAGCGCAUUUGGAGCUAUGGUGGACCUGGCGUCUCUGAAGCGUUGAUCGGAACGUUCUUUGGUGUUCUUGCCCUCGUGCCGCCGUCUAUUGUGAUCGGAACACUUGUCGCCAGUCCCGGGGCGAAUGACAUUUCUACAGACAAGAUCGAUCCUCCUGAACUCAAGUCAGAGAAGAUCGCAUCGUCGCAGCCGUUUUUGAACUGGGCGACUGUCAAGCUGGAAGAAAACGUUUGGCCAUUGGUGUCCGGACUUUCGAUCUCCCCGUCUUCUCAAGGCAGAGAUCUGUCGAGAAAUUCUGCUGAUAUUGUGCCUCGCCGAUACCGGAUUGCUCCUGGCCAGCUACACGUUGCCGGCGCCAAGGCGCUGGAAAACCUGAACUGGACCGUGGUCGACGAAUUGCCGCCUGACCUGCUGGAUGCGGCAACGCGAUUACAGGCUGAAGGUGUAACGCGUUAUCUCGGACUGAAGUUCGACGUUGCGCUCCGCAUCCGACCCGAUCAGGUCGGUGCGCUGCUGGACGUCCGCUCGCGUUCCAGAACCCCAUUGCAGGAUCUUUCCACCAACGCGGGCCAGAUCAGAACCGUAUUCGCCGAAAUCGAUCGCGUUUUGCUGGAAACUUACGGGGAUCUCGCACGGCUCUCCGUUGAGGAGGGCGAACUGGAAGACGAACUGACACCUGAAAUUGUAGAAGAUCCGCGAGAAGUUGUUCCUCUGCCGGGCUUCAAACCCUAUUUCGGGGAUGACGAGUUAUCGGCUCCAGAUGAUCCGGAUGCGACCGACCUGGAGGGUUAA